AUGGAGCCACUGGAGGCCCCCGGCCAUGAGCACUGGGCUGGGGCAGAGGAGCGCAGGAGGCAGAAGCCACCCAACACGACCCUGCAGCGAGUGGGGGUCCUGCUGCUGCCGGCCCCAUGCAGCCGGUUCCUCUGGAGCCGGCCGGACCAGCACCGCUGCAGCAAGUUCUUCCUGGGCGCCAGCAUCGGGACCCUCCUUGGCCUCGGGCUCUGCCAGCUCUUUGUCAUCCCCAUGAGCAUCCCGGAGAUGCGCAAGGUGCAGGUCUCCUAUGGGCUGUCAGGAGUGACUGCCUUGGGCUGGGCCACAUCCCCCCACUUCCGCUGCGCCAGCCUGCUCGUGGUCCCCAAACUGUUCGGCAAGGAGGGUCGGGUCUACGUCCUGUCCCUUGUCCUCUCUGCCAUCUACAACGGGCCCGUGGCCAACAUCUGGCACAACCUGGAGGAGGUGGCACGCUCGCUGGGCUGCGUGGCAGAGCUGCAGGUCAACCACAGCCGCCUGCUGUGGCGUGUGUCCACAGCCCCCCUGCGCAGCGUGAUGGAGGACAUGGCGCGGAGUGGGCAGACACUGAAUGCAGAGGUGCAGAACAUCUCCCGUGCCUUCGUGGGGCUCAAUGAGGAGGUGGCCAGUGAGGCUGGCUAUGACCUGCGGCAGUCCCCGCAUGGCAAGGCCCAGCUGGCACCCAGCACCCAGCAGCAAUAUGAGACCAAGACCAGGCUGCGCUGCAAUAGUGUGAUAGAGCUGGGCAUGCAGCACUGCCGGGACUGGUUCGACACCAAGUACGAUGAGUGCAUGGCCUUGAUUUCCGUCCCCCUCAUCAACCACCUCCUCUGCCUGCCCAUGAAGUUCAAGUUCCUCUGCUACAUUGUGAAGGUUAUGAACACCUGGUGCAGGGACAAGAUCCCUGUGGAGGGCAACUUCGGGCAGACCUAUGACAUCCUCAACAGCUCAGUCAGCAACCUCAGCCAGGAGUUCAGUGCCAGUGUGGUGUUCCAGGAGGAGCACCAACAGAUGCUGUCCGGCACCACCAACGUGUCUGCGGAGCAGCUGAUGGAGGAACUGACCUCCCACUUCCAGGAGCACAGCACCCGCCUGGCACAGACCUUCUCCAUCCUCCACUUGGUGCUCUCCUUCUCCUUCAUCCUCGUCUUCAUCACGGCUUUCUCCUACACCAAACGGUAUUGCCAGGACAUCACCUAUGACAACUUCUACAUCACCACCUACUUCCGUCAGAUCGAUGCGCGGCGCCGGAGGGAGGGCAAGCGGACGCUGCUGCCCCUGCUCCGUGCGGAGGCCUCAGCCUUCAUCUUCCCUUGUCGGGCUAUGGUGCAACCGCUGGAGCUGCAGAACAUGGUGCUGGAGCUGCUGGAGUGCAUCCCCCCACUGCUCUUCCUCCUGCUGGCCUGUGCCAUGGACCAUGUGCUGGUCGGGAUGCUCAGCACCAUCCGGCAGCACUCCUUCGUGCAGUACUCGUUCCAUAGUGAACACCACUUGUCCAUCCACGUCACAGGCAGCUCCCUGAUGGCACAGCUCCUGCGCAGCACCAUCGGUGCCCUCAACACCUCCUCCAACACCCUGCUGGAGACCUCCAACUUGGUGUGCCUGCCGCAGUCCCGCAGCAUGAACCGGCAGCAGUACCUGAGCAGCUGCCUGCCCCUGGCUGUGCUGGUCCUGCUCUGCCUGGCCCAGGUCUACACUUACCGUCUGCGCAGAGUCAUCGCUGCCUUCUUCUUCCCCAAGCGGGAGAAGCACCGUGUGCUCUACCUCUACAACAAACUGCUGCAGCAGCGACUGGACUUCAUCCAGCGCCAGUGCAAGCGUCUCAUCCAGCGGGGACGGCAGCCGCCGGGACUGGGCACGGUGCUGGUGCGUUGGUGCUGCCACCGAUGGAUGCGCCGGAGCUGCACCGUGUGUGGGGUGCGCGUGCAGGCGCCGGAGCCCAUCUGCCCCAUACCCACCUGUGCGGCACCGUACUGCCGGCAGUGCUGGCGCGAGGCACACCAGACCUGCCUGGCCUGCACCCCACCGGAGCCCGGCCUCGACUCCGACAGCAGCAGCGAGGCUGAAGCCUACUCAGGCUGA